CUGCCUGGCUAUGACCCCCAUCAUGUUUGCACAGGUGGACUGUGGCCAGAUGCUGCCAUACCUCUGCUAUCAAGGUGUCUCAUCUUCAAGCAAUAGCACAGGCGAUGUGGAUGAACGAGCAGUCCGCCCGCUCACCUCGAGCCCCGGCGCCGACUAUUUCUUCGUCAAUCUCAGCCUGACUCAGCCUGCCGCUCGGAAUGUCUGCCAGACGUACUUCACCGACCUCGCCAAUCUCAUCGACAUCAGCCUAACGGAGAUCCUGAAGUCACCCCUGAAUGUGAGCGCUUGGACCUUCUGGAUCGGCGCAACUCAAGUGCAGGACGGCCAGUGGGUCUGGACAGACGGGGGCGCUGUGGACGCGGCUAUUUGGCUGUCGGGGGUUGUCGGCAAUCAGAGCUGCGCCACAUUCUCAUCGGGCAGGUGGAGCGGCACGAGCUGCGGAGACGCCUUUCCCUUCCUGUGCUACAAAGGUAGUCCCACUUUAUUGUAUAUCGCCCCUUUCGCGACAGUCGCCGCCACACGUCAAACUGACUGA